CCCUACAUUUCCCAUAAUGCCGUGCGUUGCACGUUCUUUUGACGUCACACGCAUCUCGCCAGGUACAGAAGUCCAUCGUGCAGAAUGAAAACAACUUAAGCUUAAUCUUCAUUAACAACGUGGGAGCUGAUCGUCAACGGAUUCACAUUUUGGGAGCAUCAUGGCAGAGAAACCUCAGCUGGUCAGUAUUUCGCCAGAGGACAUCGAGACUGAUGAGUGUUUGCGCACAUACACACACAUCUACAGCCCUGAUCUGCUCAUUGAUCAGGUUGCCUUUAUAACCGGCGGAGGGUCAGGUAUUGGAUUUAGAAUAGCAGAAGUUCUGAUGCGGCAUGGGUGUAACACGGUCAUUGCCAGCAGAAAUCUGGAGAAACUCUCUGAGGCAUCGAAGAAGUUAACCAGGGCUACAGGCAAGCGAUGUUUGCCGAUAGUAAUGGAUGUGCGUCAACCAGAGACAAUUACUGCUGCCGUGGAUGAAACAUUGAAGACAUUUGGACGUGUUGACAUACUUAUUAACAAUGCUGCAGGUAAUUUCUUGUGCCCAGCGACAUCCUUGUCAUUUAACGCUUUCAAGACAGUAAUGGAGAUCGACACCAUGGGAACUUUCAACGCUAGUAAAGUGGUGUUUGACAAAUGGUUCAAGGAUCAUGGCGGCUCCAUUGUCAACAUUUCCGCCACACUGGGGUACAGAGGUCAGGCUCUCCAGGUGCAUGCUGGGUCAGCAAAGGCUGCAAAUGAUGCCAUGACAAGGCACUUGGCGGUGGAGUGGGGCCCCAAUGGUGUGAGGGUGAACACAGUGGCCCCAGGGCCCAUCUCUGGCACAGAGGGAUACCGUAGACUGGGUGGUUCUCAUGCCGAGACUGCAGGGGCUUUCCGCGGCAUCCCGUUGCAAAGAGCCGGCAAUAAGACCGAGAUUGCACAUGCGGUUAUUUUCCUGGCCAGCCGCGCUGCUUCAUACGUCACUGGAACUAUACUGGUCGCCGACGGAGGGGCGUGGCUCACCUCGGCCAAUGACGUGGAACAGAUGCUGGGUAUUAUCUCAUCUCGCUCUGCAAAACUAUGAACAGACAGCACCGCACACAGGUUUUUGGUCUGCAGAGAAAAGAAAGGAUAAAUAGGAUGACUAAAGUGGAUGAAAUAACCGGAAUGGACCAGUUGUGAUCAGGCCAACAUCUCUAUGAAGAUAUUAUUGAAGCUCACAAAAACAUGUACAGAUUAUUUUCACCCUCAAAAACCAAAGAAAAAAAAGAGAAAUUAUAUUCUGCAUAAAGAAAAAUAAGCCUAAUUUUAGGACCAUUAAAAACUUUGACAUUGUGUGACACUGUGUAUUAAAAUUAAGUAGAUUUACACCCUAAUUCU